AUGCUUACUAUUUAUAGGUUAUCGACCAAGCUAAAAAGGCAGUCGUUUAAUCUGUGCUCGAAAUUAUCCAAAUUAGUAAUGUCGCGGGAAACUCACGUAAACGGAGUAGUGCAGCAGCUCUCGAUGAAUGGCCAAGCUGGAGGUGACGAGCCGGAACAGGUGCGGAACAAGUACGGCGAUUAUGUGAAGUUUUUGGAGUUGGUGGGGAAUCUCAAGCAUAUGAAACGAACAGGCUGGGUGCUGCGAAAUGUUAAGGAUUGCGAAAGUAUAUCUGGUCACAUGUACCGAAUGGGGAUGAUGUCGUUUUUGCUGGACGGCAACCAGGGCUUGGACAGGAUUCGCGUCAUGGAACUAGCUUUGGUACAUGACCUUGCCGAAAGCAUCGUUGGUGACAUCACGCCCUACUGUGGCAUCUCGAGGGAGGAAAAACUGCUGCGGGAGUUUUCGGCCAUGUCGGAAAUCUCGGAGCUGCUUGGACCCUCGAAAGACAAACUGUUGGAACUGUUCAACGAAUACGAAGCAGGUAAAACUGCCGAGGCUAAGUUUGUCAAAGAUCUGGACCGUCUCGACAUGGUGAUGCAAGCUUUCGAGUAUGAAAAGCGAGACAACUGUCCUAUGAAGCAUCAGGAGUUUUUCGAUUCUACAAAGGGAAAAUUUUCCCACCCGCUGGUGAUCAACAUUGUGAACGAAAUCAACGCUCAAAGGGAAAAGUUUGCCGAAGGAAGUGCCGACCCGAGCUCCUCCCCAUCACGCGAGGUAGCCAGCAGUGGUGGUGCCAGAUGAUUUUGGCGCUGGAAAUUUAUUCGUCUUUUUCAGUGACCAGAUGAGAUGUACUAACCUAAUUUUCUGCUACUCGAUGUACGUCAACUUUUACUGUAUGUGAUCUCAUCUUUGCUUAUCCUUUUUACGGAAUUAUCGCGGACACGUAAGAUGAGGACAUAGGCUAGUCACCUUUUUUUUCUAGAUGUCCUUAGGGCUAUGAGUUAUUGCGACCGGCUUUAGCUUUCAAUUUAGCUAAAUUUUUACUUAAAUAAAUUCACAGUUCAAUGAGUCAACAUAGCAAAGGACGUAAAGGGAAUGGUUUGUAUUUCAGGGACUAUGAACGUUAUUUUACCAAAAGUAUUUAUGUCAUUCGAAACUUAAUAAGACCAUUACAAAUUUGAUUAUAACAUUUAAAUAAAAUUUGUAUUGGCCUUACAUAUGCACAAAAUAAACAGUUCAAUAUGAAUAAUUGAAGAA